UAGUCUUCAGUGGGUAGUGAUCUUUCCGCCAUUUUGGACUUCCUUUUCUCCCCCCUCCCCUUUUUCUUCACGGUACUCGAAAGAAGCAGUGAUUGAGCGGAGCGCUCUUUGUGCGCUUUCUUUCUCCUCCGUUCCGUCCGACUUGGCGAUCCGUAACGGUUAGAAAACCCCAAGCUAUGUCCGCCAACAGGAACCUGAAGCAAGUGAGGAUCGAGAACAGUUCUCCGGCGUCGGCACCUCCGAUGAGCAUGGUGGGCGGCGGCCCGAUGAAGGCUCUGAGGGGUUUGGAGAAGCCGUCCGACAACGAAGCUUUGGCCGCCGCGUUGGCGAUGGCGAAGGAGGAAGAGGAAGGCAGCGGCCGAGGCUUCACGGUCGAUAUUAAGAGCUUCCUCAAGCCCGGCGAGAAGAGCUAUACGCAAAGGUGCCGCCUCUUCGUCGGCAACCUUCCCACCGACAUCACCGAGGAGGACUUCAAGCGCCUUUUCGAGCGCUACGGGGAGCCCAGCGAGGUCUUCAUUAACCGCGACCGCGGCUUCGGCUUCAUCCGCCUGGAGUCCAGGACCCUGGCUGAAAUAGCAAAGGCAGAACUUGAUGGAACAAUUUUAAAGAGCAGGCCACUCCGAAUUCGAUUUGCCACCCAUGGAGCUGCUUUAACUAUUAAGAAUCUUUCACCAGUUGUUUCCAAUGAGCUUUUGGAACAAGCUUUCUCUCAGUUUGGGCCUGUGGAAAGAGCGGUUGUUGUCGUAGAUGAUCGUGGUAGAGCAACAGGCAAAGGUUUUGUGGAAUUUGCUGCAAAGCCUCCAGCGCGUAAAGCUCUAGAAAGAUGUGGUGAUGGUGCAUUCUUGCUUACAACAACACCUAGACCUGUUCUUGUUGAACCUAUGGAACAGUUUGAUGACGAAGAUGGUUUGCCUGAGAAAUUAAUGCAAAAAACACAACAGUACCAUAAGGAAAGAGAACAGCCCCCACGUUUUGCCCAACCUGGAACAUUUGAAUUUGAAUAUGCUUCACGAUGGAAAGCUCUUGAUGAAAUGGAAAAACAACAGCGGGAACAAGUUGAUAGAAAUAUUCGAGAAGCUAAGGAAAAGCUAGAAGCAGAAAUGGAAGCAGCUCGACAUGAGCAUCAGUUAAUGUUGAUGAGACAAGAUCUUAUGAGGCGUCAGGAAGAACUGAGACGUUUAGAAGAACUUCGAAACCAAGAGCUACAGAAAAGAAAGCAGAUACAAUUAAGGCAUGAAGAAGAGCAUAGGAGACGUGAAGAAGAAAUGCUGCGUCAGAGAGAACAGGAGGAACUGAGGAGACAGCAAGAAGGUUUCAAGUCGAAUUUCAUGGAUACUAGAGAACAGGAAAUGAGAAUGGGUGAUAUGGGUCCUCGUGGAGCAUUAAACAUGGGAGAUGCCUUUAGCCCAGCACCUGCUGGAAACCAAGGUCCUCCUCCUCCACCUCCAAUGAUGAGUAUGAAUAUGAACAACAGAGGGACAAUGCCUGGCUCAGCAAUGGGUCCAGGUCCUUCGUUGGGGCCAGAAGGAGCUACAAACAUUGGAACCCCAAUGAUGCCAGAUAAUGGAGCUGUGCAUUCUGAGAGAUUUCCUCAAGGAGGCCCACCACAAAUGGGUUCACCUAUGGUUAAUAGACCAGGCUCUGAAACUCCUCAACCAGCUAUGGGUGGUGUAGGUGCCGUCAAUAGUGGACCCAGUGGCUUUGGUAGAGGAAAUCCUGGGGGCAGCUUUGAAGGACCUAACAAGCGUCGCAGAUAUUGAAACAUUCACUUUUGUACUCUUGUGAAAUUGAAUGAAUGAUUAUCUGGUGUUAUAACUCUAUAUAAUUUCAACUGUUACUUUUGAAUGGUUUUACUGUUAAUAUAGACAUUAACCUUUUUUUGUAAACUAUAUAGACUUUUUUUAUAUUUAGUCAUAGACUUAGAUAGUGUAGAAAUAAUGCACUUCAUUUUGUACAUCAGUUGUUUGUGACCACCACAAAAUAUAAUGUGACCAUGCUGUGAUAUUUGUGAGUUACAUGCUUACAAUAAAAUAACAGUUUAAAUGAUUUUGAAACACUGCUAUGAAUACUAUCUUUAAAUUUAAUUGUAAGUAUCCAUAAUUAUUUUUCUUUGACAAUGCCUAUCUUUUUUGGGGGGAGGGGCGGUGUCUGCUUUAUCCAUUGUAAUUGUAUGACAAUAUAAAUGCAGCUUGCAAUACAUAGAAAAAGUUGAGGUUAAUGCAGCUUUAGAAAAUAUGAAACUGUUGGUAAGCCAAUAUAGAUUUGUGUUUUUUUAAUCAAAUGUUAUUUUUCAACAACAUGUAUAAAUCUCUUUGGAAUGGGAUUGUUAUGAUAAUGUAAUCCUGUGUUUAAGUUCAAAUAAACAUUUUGAGCCUUGAAAACCUACAAGUAGUGAAUACUCACCUUUGAUCUUAACUAGAUUAUGAACAGAAAUAAUUUUGAAGGAAAUAAAUUUCAGAUCAUUUAAUGUAUCAUUAAUGCUAUUUGCAGCUGUGCUUCCUCGGUAGUGGAUUUAUAAAAUAUAUUCAAAGUGUUCUUUUCCCCCCAAACAGAUUUUCAUUUUUUAAAAAAUAUGCUAGAUUCCUAUCUAAUAUUAAAGGAAAUGCUUUAACAAAUUCUGGAAACAUUAGCAACUACUAGCACUUAAUAAUUGUGGUAGACAAAAUAAUUUCAGUUCUGGCCUUCAUUUAAAUAUAUAAAUCUUUUCUAUUUUUUCACAAUAGCCUAUGUCAACUGGAAAUAAAAAUAUAAAUAGAAAACUAUCCCAGAACUUCAGUUAUAUAAUGCAUAUUAAAUGUAUAAAAACAAUGUUUUAAUAUAUACUAUUCUAAUUAUACUAUCAUGAAAGCAUUUCAUCUUGGAUAUUUAUUUUGUUUUAUUUUGACCGCUAUAUAGGCAAAUCAAGUAUAUUAGAGAUACAUGGGAAAUAGCUGUUACUGCAUAAGCAUAGCAUGGAGCCGUGGUGACUCAGUGUUUAGAAUGCAAUAUUGCAGGCUAACUCACUGCCAUGAGUUUGAAUUCUGACCAGCUCAAGAUUGACUCAG